AUGUUGCGACCGCGGCUACCCUUUUUGCAGGUAUCACCAUGCCUUCCGAGCAUCUCCCUACUCCAAACCUUGAGUAGGAGCAAGUCCUACGUGGACAUGUCUCUUCGUGGAGCAAAGUUCUUCUUCUACUUGAACUGCAUGGUGCUCGGAUAUGAGGCGGAUGCUCAUAGAGACAUGUCUCGUCUCGAAGAUGCUUGUGAAGAGUCUAAGGCAUUUGAGAAAAAUUUGAGAGAGGGAGAGAAAGUGUCUCGCAGAGUGCGAAAGAACGACCAACACGGUUAG